CAUUUUAAUAAGCUCCGGAGUCCGGCCAGGAGACGUAGCCUCGGCCUGCAGCGCUAAACAGUCAUCAGACACAGAGCUGUACUAACGGGUCGCUGCACAUUAAUUUGACUCUGUGCUAAGAUGUACCGGAUUGCAUGGUGCUGAUACAAUAUGGAAAACCUAAACAGAGGGAUGAACGUUCAGCUCGCGCGGACAUCUUUUUAAGAACCAGCCUGUUGAGAGAGUGGACACACUGAUUCUCGCAUGGAAACCAAUAUGUGAAUGUCUGGACAGAGCAACUCAUAUUUGCAGUUUAAAAAGUGAUGCCAUCACGGAUCAUCAUGGAAAAGCAGAAAUUGGUGAAUACUAUUGCUUCAACGCAGUUGGGGGGAGAAUCAUGUACCUUCAUCUGCACGGAGUGUGGUGAUGGGUUCAGUCAGUACUCUAAUGUGUUGACCCACAUGGCCAUUCAUGGACCUUUGGAGUCAUUUUCCUUUGAUGGCUCAUCCAAUGGAUUUGAAAUCCCUCGAGAAUAUGUGCUACAAGAAAAUGGUACACUGACAGUUGUGAAUGGCUUGGAGUCGCUUUCUUCUGUAAAACCAGUAUCUCCUGGAGUCCUGCCGUCACAUUUCCCAUCCCCUAUCAAACCAGUGUCUCCAACUCUAAGGCCACAACCUUCUCCUUAUAAUAGAGAUGUGUUCAGGCCGAGGCCAUCGGAGUUGAACUCGGACAAGUCUCGUCAGGGCCAUUACCGUUGUGAAAUAUGUAGCAGAUCCUUUAACAGCCUGCAGAGUUUACAUCGUCACCAGCAGUAUCGAAACACAGAGCGAGGCUACAAGUGUACUUUGUGUUGUAAGAUCUUUGAAGGUAGACAGGAACUGAAGAAACACCUCCAAGACCAUGCCAAUGAAAGGUUUCACUGCUGUAGUCAUUGUGGUAAGCGAUUCCUUCAAGUGGAUGCACUUAAUGCUCAUCACAAAGAAAAUCACCUCCCGAAGGCGACAUCUUUGGGUAAAUCUGUGAAUAAGCAGGAAAAGAAUAUUGAGAGAUCAUAUCCUUGUAGGAAGUGCAAGUUGAAUUUUUUCUGGAUGUCAGAUUUUCAGACUCAUUCACUGCACCAUUGCCAAGGAAAAGAGCCUGAUGCUACUUUAGCAUCUGAAAUUGAAGUCAACUCUAAGAACAUAGAAGACACAGCACUUGAAAACUUCUACAGUAAUGGCACAUCUAUUGAUGUUAAUAUAGGAGAUAGUAAAAUAUUUAGGGAUACUAGUAAUGAGAUUGAUGCUGAAUUCUCUUCCACACCAUACAGAUGUGGUUUGUGUGGUGAUCGUUUCCAGAAGUUAACAGCUCUGAAGGAGCACCAUCUCACACAUCAAACUCAGGAGGAAAUAGAUCAGCUGAAUCAAGAAUCACAAAAAACGUUUAAGCGAAGAAUGCCGCCUAAAGGCAGACGUAGAAGAACGAGUAAUCCAAAUGGCAAGCUGCAUCCUUGCAAGCACUGUCAUCGAGUCUUUAAUCAUUCUAGUAGUUUAUCUCGGCACAUGAGAUACCAUAAGGGUACUAUGCACACGUGUGUAUUUUGUGGUAGACAUUUUCCACAGCGCUGUGAUUUGAGAAGGCAUAUAGCCAUGUACCACAAAGCUGAAUCGGAAAAGAAACCAGGUUUGAAACACUUGAACACAAGUCCACAAAAUGGGCCUGACACCAAUUCUUUUAAUGGCGAGAAAAAUGCAAGCUCACCUGAUGAGAAAAACAAGAGCUCCUCUGACAAUGAACAAAUGCCAUCACCAGAGCAAAAUCCAAAGAAUAAACAACCUGGAAAAGCGGGCAGAGUUAACUACAAGUGUCAGGAAUGUGGAAAGAGGUUUGGGCUGUUAUGUGUGUACCAACGGCACUUGCGCUAUCACAAAAAGGAACCUAGUAAGUGCCCUAGUUGUCCAGCUCAAUUCAGGAACUCUUCAUCCCUUGAGCUUCACCUUCAAAAUCAUCCAAGCACUGGAGAAGAAAAUUAUGUUGGACAAACAUCUCACAUCAGUAGGGAUUCUGUCUUAGAAAGGGGUAAUGCAGAGGACAUAGAGGAUGACUAUAUGGACCAUACUCGAAAUGACAAAGGAAAUUCUUCGGAGGUUCUUUACGAAUGCACUGAAUGCACUGAAACAUUCUCAUGCUUGGACACAUUCCUUCAGCACCAGACUUCUCAUGGCUCAGAAAACAACGGGUAACAACAACCAAGCUCUCAGGAGUUGAGUGUUUUUUUGACUCAUUUGAAUAACUGUAUAAUGUAAAGUUUGUAACGUUUUGUUUUUUUACUAACUACUUUUGUACACUUUUUUUUCGUUGGCAUGAGGAGAAACAUUCUGUUUAUAGGUGCAUUUCAAAAACCAAUGGGAUCCAGAAAAUGAGGCUUGGGUGGGGAGCAUACUAAAUGAAUGUUGAAUCAAAUAAAAUCUUUAAAAAAAAACCAGCAUAUGUCUGACGUUGGUAAAUUUCAAGUUUUAAACCUAGUAUUCUCCUACAGGCUACAGGUGUACUUAACUUGAUGUCCCACCAAUUGUUGACUAGCUAAGAUGAAUAUGUUGCUUUUCAUUGUAUCUUUAGUGGCUACCCAUGCUGUUGUCAAUCAUAUUGCUGCAUUUUACGUUAUGUUCUACUUGCAUUUAUGUGUUAAUGAGAUUGUAUUUAAUAUGUGGUAUGUAUACGUCUUCCUUUUGAAUGGGUUACCAAGUGGAUUUUUACUUGUGCCAUUAAAGUUGUACAGAGAAAUUACUUUUAAGUGCUAUCAGUUUUGCUUUGACUCCUCCCCCCAUUGUUUGUUCAUUCUACAUGUAAUCUAGGUGUCUCAUUUGAUAUCUGUAUUGAAUUGUAGUACACUUCACUGUU